UCAGCGAGCGCGUGCUGGAUGCGUGCCUUACGUCAUCAACACUUUCCGAAAACACGCCGCUCAGCCGCUGUUGUAAACACUGUUCUAAACUAACAUUAUAUGUGUUCGUAUCUCGAAGACACAGCGAGCUAACAGUUAAACGGAGAUACCUGCGUGUGUGAGUUAGCAGGAUAGCUAAGACAUCAAACCCGGACGUUACUUUUAUUACCAGGCUUUCAGAGCGGUGGUAUACAUAUUACUAAAAAGGAACAUAGUAAGUCCAAAGUAAGUGUGUCAUCUUGACAACUAGUGUUUAUGCAGGUUGACCUCACCGAGGUGUCCUAGAGGUAAAAUGUGCUUUUAACUCGAGUGUUUUAAAGUAUGGAGCCAUGUUUGAGGUUUGUCUGUCGAGAGAGUCUCAGGAAAGUGUCGAUGAAAUGCUGGACAUGGAGAACUGUCAAGUGCUCGAGAUCACCUUUCAGACGCCCUCUUACAUCAACAUGUGGACGAACACAUUUCAGCACACCGCUGCUGAGAGCUCAGGGACACUACCUCUCCUGUCGCCAGAGAGGCACAGAUGCAUCCCAAGCAGCCCUGUCUAGUGUUGCUCCAGUGUUUGUUGUGAUGAAAUUUGAGCCUGAUGGGAGUGUGACCUCGUUUGAAAAGAAGAAGACUGAGUUGUAUCAGGAGCUUGGUUUGCAGGCGAGAGAUCUGAGAUUCCAGCACUUAACAAGUAUUACAGCACGGAACAAUGUCAUUAUUAUACGCAUGGAGUCCCUCAAGGCAGUGGUUACGCCACAGUGUUUACUGGUGCUGGAUUUCCGUGGUCUCAGUCUGGAGAAAUGGCUGGUGUUAGAACUUGGGCCACAGUUGGCUGGAGAUGGACAUUUGGCUACUUACUCGCUGCCCUUUGAGUUCAGAGCUCUGGAAGCCAUUCUGCAGCACAGGGUGAAUGUGCUGCAGAUGCGGCUCCAUGAAGUUCAGCCUCAGGUUCUGGAUUGUUUGGAGUCACUGGUCGACUCCAAGCUCCUCUCUGCCGACCGCAGCAAACUCCAUAUGCUCCUGCUUAAUAGCAAGAGGGACGAGUCAGGAUGGUCGACUAGGCCAUCUAACAGCUGUUUUUUAGUAAUGUCCCCUGAAAUUGUCUUUAGCCACCGUAAUGUCAUGAUGCGACUGAACCUCCAGCUCACCAUGGGAACCUUCUCGCUCUCUUUAUUUGGUCUGAUGGGUGUGGCUUUUGGAAUGAAUUUGGAAUCUUCCUUUGAAGAGGACCCGCGUGUAUUUUGGUUAGUGACCGGGUUCAUGUUCCUGGGCAGUGGACUCAUCUGGAGAAGACUUCUCUCUUUUCUGGGCCGGCAUUUAGAACCCAGCUCUCCACCUCCUAUUCCCCCUGUAUGGAAGAAAAACCAAAUUGGCACCUUAAAAGCAACAGACAUAAAAACCUGGAAUUAGAUGAUAGGGUGACUGCUGUUUUUCAAUAUAUUUUUUUCCAUCCUUCUCUGUAUCUCUGACUUUUAUGCAUACUGUAUUUUCCAGUAUCAUGUGCCGCACACCUCAGUCUAACUUAUCUAUUCAGGUAUAUCAUGUAGACAUUUUUAUUUUACUAUGUGAUAUUUGUCUUGAGGUUUUGGAAGAAUUUCUGUAUUUAUUGUUGCGAAUACCAUUGACAUAAUGAAAUACAUCAGAAAGCUUUUAUUGACUGUUAAGUGUGUGUGACAUUUUCAAAGACAAAAUGAUCUGCCACUAACUCAGUUUCCCUGGUUACCCUUUAAAAAACACGUUUAUGAAUACAUAACUUUGAUAAAACAUUAAUUUGUU